CACUUCUCCGCUAAUAUUACCUCCAUACCACGAUUUCUUUCCCAAACUACCCCCACCAUCCCUCUCUAUCUACCAUCCAUGGGCCAAAGCUUCAGUGCGAUUCGACAAAGCUUAAAUCGGAAGCGGAAGCGGGAGCCAGAAUCCGAGGACCAGAACGAGGCUCGCAAGGUUCUCGUCGUCCAAGAUCCAAACAACGACGUCCAAUCAAAAUCAACCACAAGAAGCACCUCGUCUUCCAUGGCUACUCCAACCCUUCCAUCAUCUUCUGAAUCUCGUUGGGAUCAAGAUGUCUUUCUGAGUUUUAGAGGUGAAGACAGUCGCAAGAACUUCACUGAUCACCUCUACUCCGCCUUGGUUCAAGUCGGAAUUCGCACCUUCCGAGACAGCGAGAAGCUUCCAAGAGGGGAGAACAUAUCUAUCGAACUUCUCAAUGCGAUUCGAGGAUCAAGGAUUUCCAUUGUUGUUUUCUCCAAAGGCUAUGCUUCUUCUAGGUGGUGCCUUGAUGAGCUUGUGGAGAUCGUGAACUGUAAGAAUACUAUAGGCCACACUCUUCUUCCGAUAUUUUAUCAUUUGGACCCCUCUGAUGUUCGAAAAAAGACUGGAACUUUUGCAGAAGCAUUUGCUAGGCAUGAAGAGCAGUUUCCUACUGAUAUGGAGAGGGUGCAAAGGUGGAGAGUAGCUCUUACUGAAGCUGCGAAUUGUUCCGGCUGGGAUCUUGAGAGCGUUGCAGAUGGGUAUGAAUCAAGAUUCAUCAAAAACAUUGUUGAAGAAGUUUUGUGUAAAGUGAAUCCCGCUUGCUUCGAUGUCGCCAAACACCCAAUAGGAAUAGAUUCUCAUGUUGAAGAAAUGAAAGUUCUAUUAAAUCUUGGAACAAGUGACGUUCGCAUUGUGGGCAUCUAUGGGAUGGGUGGAAUUGGUAAAACAACCCUAGCAAAUGCUGUCUACAACAAAAUAUGCAUUGCAUUUGAAGGAAAUAGUUUUCUUUCAAACAUUAAAGAAAAUUAUGAAAAGCCCAAUGACUUGGUUCGUUUACAAGAACAACUUCUUUAUGAUAUCUUGAAAACGAAUUUGAAGAUUGACAAUGUUAAUAGAGGAAUCAUGUUGAUUAAGGAAAGACUUCAUCACAAAAGAGUUCUUGUUAUUCUUGAUGAUGUGGAUGACUUUGAAAGACUACACGUGUUAGUUGAAAAGCAAUGGUUUGGUCCGGGAAGUAGAAUCAUUGUAACAACUAGAGAUGAACAUUUACUAAGCCAAUUGGAAGUAGAUGAAAAAUAUAAGGUCAGAGAAUUGAAUCAUUUGGAGUCUCUUCAACUGUUUAGUUGGCAUGCCUUCGAGAUGGCCAAUCCAAUAGGAGAUUACUCAGAGCUUUCAAUUGAAGCAGUGAAUUAUGCUGGAGGACUUCCAUUAGCUCUCGUGGUUUUGGGUUCUUUUCUGAAAAGAAGAAGCAUUAUUCAAUGGAAAAGUGAAUUGGAAAAAUUACGAAGAACUCCACAUGACAAGAUUCAAAAAAUACUGAGAAUAAGCUUUGAUUCACUCGAUGGUGAUACAAAGGACGUAUUCCUUGAUAUUGCAUGUUUCUUUGUCGGUAUGGACAAAGAAUAUGUUAUCAAAAUACUUGAUGGUUGUAAUUUCUCUCCAGGGAUUGGUAUCCCAAUUCUCAUUCAGAGGUCACUUGUGACAAUUGAUUGCCAAAAUAAGUUGAAGAUGCAUAAUCUUAUUAGUGAUAUGGGAAGGGAAAUUGUUCGUGAAGAAUCACCCAAAUAUCCAGGAAAACGUAGUAGGUUGUGGUUUCAUAGGGAUGUCUUAAAUGUACUACACAAACAUACGGGUUCAAAGCCAGUGGAGGGUCUCAUCUUAAAUCUCCCUGUACUUGAAGAUGUACUUUUGGAAACUAAAGCAUUUACAAAAAUGAAGAAUUUGAGAUUACUCCAAAUCAAUGAUGUACAUCUCAUAGGAUCCUAUGAACAUCUUUGCGGAGAGCUAAAAUGGCUUUGUUGGCAUAAGUGCCCGCUGAAAUUUCUACCACAUAAUUUUCAUCUAGAGAACCUUGUUAUUCUUGACAUGCAGCAUAGUAAUGUCAAAGAAGUUUGGAAGAAGAAGAAAAUAUUCAACAAUUUGAAGGUCCUUAAUCUCAGCAAUUCCAAAUGUCUCACCAAAUCACCAAACUUCUCACAAGUCCCACAACUGGAGAUACUGAUACUUGAAGGUUGUACAAACUUGGUUCAGGUUCAUAAGUCCAUUGGACAUCUGAAAAGACUUGUUUUAUUGAAUUUAAAAAAUUGCACGAACCUCAAGGACCUUCCAAGAAGCAUUUGUAACCUAAAAUCUCUUGAAACUCUUGACUUUUCUGGCUGCUCAGUACUUGAAAAAUUACCGAUGCAUUGGGGGAAUAUGAUGGGUUUAACGAAGCCAGUUAUAGACCAAAUUGUUAUUAAGAAAUUACCAUCCUCCUUUGGUCUUUUCAAGAAUCUCAAAACUGUGUCAUUAUAUGGAUGUAGUAGUCUCACUAAAUUACCAAGCUUUGUACAAGCCCCACAUUUGGAGAGUCUGGUACUUGAAGGUUGUACAAGCUUGGUUGAGAUUCAUGAGUCCAUUGGACAUCUAAAAAGACUUAUUUUGCUGGAUUUACAAAGAUGCGAGAACCUUAGGAAUCUUCCAAACAACAUUUCUAACUUAGAAUCUCUUGAAACUCUUGACUUAUCUGAGUGCUUUAAUCUUGAAAAGUUACCGGAGCAAUUGGGAAAUAUGACGGCUUUAACGGAGCUAUAUGUGGAUAACACUGCUAUUAAGCAACUGCCAUCCACCUUUAGCCUUUUGAAUAAUCUUGAAACUUUAUCAUUACGUGGAUGUGAAUGCCUCAUCGAAUUACCAGAGUUCUUACAAACGUCACGUCUAGAGACACUGAUACUUGAAGAUUGUACAAGCUUGGUUGAGGUUCACAAGUCUAUCGGACUUCUAAAAAGACUUGUUUGCCUAAGUUUAGGAGGAUGCAAGAAGCUUAGGAAUCUUCCAAGUAGCAUUUCUAACUUAAAACUUCUUGAAACUCUUGUGUUGUCUGACUGCUUAGAACUUGACAAGUUACCAGAACAAUUGGGGAAUAUGGAGGCUUUAAAGGAGCUACUUGCAGAAAGAACUGCUAUUGAGCAACUACCCUCCUCCUUUGGUCUUUUGAGAAAUCUCAGAAUUGUACUAUUAUCUGGAUGUGGAGGACCAUCCUCAUCAUGGAUAUCACUCAAAAGCUCCAACUGCAUAAAUUUGUUAGUUUCCAUUUUUGGAUUAUGUUCAUUGACAAAACUAGAUCUCAGUGACCGCAAUUUGUCUGAAGAUGAGUUUCCCAUUGAACUUGGAUGUUUAUCUUCUCUCAGAGAAUUGGUUUUAUCAAGAAACAAUUUUCGUAACCUACCUAGUUGCAUCAACGGCCUUCCUCGAUUGUUGAAUUUGUUUCUGAAUGAGUGUACAACUCUCCAAUCAAUCUCACUCCCUAUCAGUGUACAACUUUUGGAAGCAAAUGGCUGCAGAUCAUUGGAAAACAUCUUAAUUUUGACAAGCGAGAGUUCAGGAUCUUUUUACCUUAAUAAUUGCCACAAACUGGUUGAGCUUCAAAGUUUGAAGAGUUUGCAAUCUGCAUCAAAUGUUCUCAUGGGGAGUUGCAACAAUCUAGCACAUGAUUUUAGGAAGAGUGUUCUCCAGGUUCUGUGCAAGAUUAAGAGGAAUCAUCACUAUUUUGGGACUAACCUCGGUUCCCUAUGCCUCCCCGGAAGUGAGAUUCCAAAUUGGUUUAGCCAUCAGACAAUCGGUUCUUUAAUAUCCUUUCGUGUACCUUCCUUUUUGGAUGGUAAAAUCGGCAAGGUGCUUGUUUGCGUUGUUUAUGCAGCAAAAAAGGAAGAAGCCAGACUGUUAGAUCUAGACGGUUGGUUCAACUGGACAUUCUGUAAUAAAACUAGAAAUCCCCAAGAGUCCUACGGGAUAGAGUCCAGAAACUGCUAUUUUGAUAGCUUUGAAGAUCAUGUAUUUGUAGCCAUGAUGCAAUUUCAUCAUAUUAAUCUUGAGAUGAAAAGUGGAGACGAAAUAGAACUGUCUGUUGAUCUUGGGGACCAGAGUGAAGUGAAGAAGUGUCAAAUACUAGUGAAGAAGUGUGGAAUUCAUCUCCUAGUUGAUGAGCCAAAUGCUAUAGAUGAAGAUGAAAGUGCGCUCCUACACAUCUGAUUUUCGUGCUUUUUCCAUGAUCUAAGGCAUAUUUAUCCCAUGAAGAGUUUCAAGUAAAAUUUGGAAUGACGAAAAGCGUUUUCUCCGAACUUCCUAAAUGGAGACAGAACAAGCUCGAGAUGUCUCUCAAUCUAUUUUAGGGCAUGCUAUCUUGAGACUAAAGCUAGAUGAUGAUCUCAACUCAUGAUACUUUUCAACCGUGGAGUAUCAACAGAUGUUUCUUCUUUAGAUAGUACACAGGCAUUUUACAACCCAAUUUGGUCCGACAAAUGUCUUACUCUACGGCUAAGUCCAUGUUGUAAGCUUGAGUUGCUAUUCUGUAAACAAAUCCUUGGUUGAAGAUUAUUAUAAUAAGCAUUUUCAGUCAUCUUAGCUUGACAACUCUCAGGCUGCUUCUCUGGCGAUGGCUUUAGGAACGUUAAUAGUAUUAGUUAGGGGAUAUAAUUUCUGCUGAGCAAUAUUGCCGAGAUGAAUCAUUUCCCUUCUAUUUGUUUGUUUAAGUUAUGUAAGUUUGAAGCACCGUUACUUAAUUCUUUUCUUUUAUUUGGGCUCUGCAAACACGGGCAACUGAAUAUCUAGAAUGAAUGAAUAUAUAGCUUUUGCUUGCAUU